CGCCGCACGCGCACAAGAUCAUGUGACUUUGCAAAAGCUAACAUUGGCAGGCUGACCAGCUGUCUGCGUUCUUUACAAAUAAUUUUCUGUUCGAUUUUAGGAGUUCUAUAAAACAGGCAUCAUGUUGUUAGUGUUGUCUGACGAGCAUAAGGAGCAUCUGGGCUUUUUAACUGACGUGGACCCAGCCGUUGUUGGUGAGUUUGGCAGAAUUGCUGUGGAGUUCCUAAAGAAAGGCUCAAACCCUAAAAUCUACGAGGGGGCAGCAAGAAAGCUGAGUGUCCCAGCAGAGACUGUGCAGCACGGCGUUGAGGGACUGAUGUUUAUUCUGACUGAAAGUUCCAAGCUGAUGAUCUCUGAAGUUGACUUUCAGGACUCUGUUUUGGUGCUGGGUUUUUCAGACGAGCUCAAUAAAUUUCUGCUGCAGCUAUAUUUGGAAAACAGGAAGGAGAUCCGUCAGAUUCUGAGUGAACUUGCCCCGUCUCUGCCCCACUAUCACAACCUCGAGUGGCGGCUUGAUGUACAGCUGGCUAGCAGGGCUCUGAGACAGCAGGUGAAACCUACAGUCACCCUGAAGCUUCAUCUGGAGAGCGGAGACUCUUGGAGCGCCCGUGUUCUGCAGACAGACCCUGCUACACUGCUGCAUCUCAUCCGGGAGCUGGAGCGAGCCCUCGCUGAGAUCAAGAGCAGCCACUGCCGCAGAAUCCUCCGCAACAUCAAAUAGGAUUGUAUAUAAAGUGGACACUAGAUGGUGUGAAAGGUCACCUUAAGCAGUUUACAGGAGCACAUUCUGUUCUGCAUAUUUUACAGCAGCUUGAGUCAGGUGUGCUGUAACAGGAAAUACUGGAAAAUGUGCAGUUUAGGACCCGGGCACAUGAACUCUGAUUGAAGUAUUAGAUAUAGCUUAGUUCAGUUCAGUCCUUUGGUGUCAUCACCUGAAUGUGAAACAGCACUCACUUAAGAAAGGUAUGAAAUGUUAGAGCUGGAGUGUUUAUGGAUUAUUUGUUUUUUGGGGUUUUUUUUUGUCAUUUGUUCAAUUAUUUGUUAUAACAUUUUGUCAGUGUUUUUCUGGAAAAAUACAUAUUUUGGGACCAUUUCAUAACUCAAUGAGGCUAAAGAGUCAGAUUAAGUUUCAUUUUCACAUUUAAUAAUGUUUAAAUAAAAAAUCUGUAAAUCUUAAUUCUAGUUUAUAAAUUAGUAACCGAGAACAACUCGCUGAAUUCUUACAGAUUUUUUAAUAAAUGCAUUAAUAUA